UUGUUCAAAACUGAAUAUAAUUCUAAAGGUGCGUAUACAUUGUCGACCGUGGCAUUUGAAGACGUACCGCUCGGGUCCGGCGGGGCCGCCGUCCCUUUAACUCGUUCGACGUCGCGCCAGUGCAUAGCGUGCCAGUACAAAGCCAAACUGUUCCCAGAGUUACCGGAACCGGCGUCGGCUCCGCCGGUUUUAAUUCCCACACCGGUACCGGAAUUAGUGUCGGAGCCGAUAUAUAGAGCUCCGGGAGCGUCGAAAAUGGCGGCAAAUAAACCGGAAAGUGGAAUACAGGAAGCGUUGGAGGAUAGAGAUCCUAAUAAUCUUAAUCAACAUGUACAGAUAGUCUGGGAUGACAUCAUCGGAGAGCCGGAGGGUGCGCGCAGCCCCGAGUGCGCGUGGCGUUUAAGCAACGUAUGCUUCCAAUACGCGCGCAACUGGUGCUACAUGUGCCUGGCUGUCAUCCUAGCACCACCCUGCGCAUUGCUGCUGGGCUGCGGAUUCGCAUGUCUCGCCUUUGAGCAAAUCUGGUGUACAGCACCAUGUCUCCGUUGCGUGAAGAUCUACUGCGCAUCACUGCGCACGAUGGUCGCGUCCUGCAUGGCAGCUACGCUGGUACCCACAGCCGAGGCUAUCGGCCAUAUUUGCCGCCAUGUUCGAGUGAACUUCCGAAAAGACGCGCCAGAAGAAAAAGAUCUCCUAGUCAUUUAGUGAGAAAUUAAACAAUUCACCCUAAUUACAAUAGCAACUAAACACUAUAUUCGUCACAUUUUGACAUAUAGAGUUAUUAAUUAGUUAGAAAAGAACGUAUAUAGAAAUAUCAUUUCGUAAUUAACCAGGUUAGCGCUAGUUUAUAUAACCUCUACUACCUUUGCAAUGAAUUGAUAUUAAUAUAUGCGGUCUCUUCUAACUCAUUAGUAACUGCAUAAGUAAAAAUAUAUCGACUAUAUUUGGUGUAGUUGUUUUAACCAGAAUUCUAUGCUAGUUCUUGUUCUUAGAAAUAAAUUUAUUACUACAAAUUGUUUCUAUUAACUUUUUAAGAACUGAUUAAAGUGUUUUUAAUUCGUUAAUAAAUACAUAAUUAUUAUAUAUGUACCUGUACCAUAAUGUGCCUUUUAGGGUGAGUCGUGAAUUACCAGACCUACGUGCUUCGUUGGUAUUCUGUUCUGGAGUGUAAUGUAAUAUGUUAUGAAGUGAUAUGAGAUGUAACAUUACAUUGCUAUAAUGCUUGUAAUGUUAGGUACAUUACAAGCAUGAUAGCAAUGUAAUGUGUAAAUAGCAAUUUAAUAAAAAUGUAAUU